AUGCCUGUCCUUUCAACCCCUUCAGAACACCCAUCGCAGAUGAAAGCCGUCAUCUUCAAAGAAAUCGGCACCAUCGAGGCCGUCGACCGACCAAAGCCCCAAAUCCAACACCCCACCGACGCCAUCGUCAAGGUGCUCCACACAAGCAUCUGCGGAACGGACCUGCACAUCAUGCGCGGCCAUGUUCCAACCUGCGUGCCAGGACGUAUCCUCGGGCACGAAGGCGUCGGGGUCGUCGACGCUCUAGGGUCCGGCGUGUCCAAUCUUCAGGUCGGAGACUGCGUGUUGAUCUCAUGCAUCUCCGCGUGCGGGACGUGCAAGCGCUGUCGAGCGGGCAUGACGUCCCACUGCACCACUGGCGGAUGGAUCCUGGGCCAUACGAUUGACGGAACGCAGGCGGAAUACGUGCGAGUCCCGCACGCGGGCUUUUCGCUGUACGUCCUGCCGCCGUCGGUUGAUGCGCAGGCCGCCGUGGCGCUGUCCGACGCCUUUCCCACGGCGUAUGAGUGUGCUAUUCUGCCGGGGAAUCUGCGUCCUGGAUGCACGAUUGCGGUGGUUGGGGCAGGGCCUGUGGGAUUGGCCGUGUUGGUUCUAGCGAAGAAGCUCUUUGCGCCGCGGAAUGUCGUGUUGGUGGGAAAGGGAGAGCAUCGAUUGCAGGCUGGGAGAACGCUGGGAGCCGAUCACGCGCUGAGCUCCGCUUUGGGUAAUGAACAGAUCAUCGAGCAGGCGCUGGCUGUGAACGACGGGGAGGGGUUCGAUGUGGUGGUGGAAUGUGUUGGCAUUCCCGAGACGUUCGAUCUCUGCCAGAAGCUCCUCGGGCUUGGCAUCACCAGUCGGCUGGUGGACACGACCACUCUGGGGGACCUGGUGAACCUGGUCCAGAAGGAGAAGAUUGACCCAGGGCUGCUCAUAUCGCACCGAUUCGCGUUUUCAGACAUCAUGCGUGCGUACGACACUUUCAAGGCAGGGUCCUCGCGGGAUGUGUUGAAGGUUGUUAUCACGACAGUCACAACAAUGUUCAACACAACCGACGAGUCUUCCCCCGGCUACUACGGAGCCACCAAGACAGCCCUCCUCCUCCUCGACUUCCACUCCCUCUUCAUCCAGAAAGCCGGAGGACCGAACGCCCCCGCUGCCCUCAGAGUAGCGGCCGAGAUGCGCGGCUGGGCAAAAUCGCAGGGCAUCUGGAUCAUCCACGCCCUGAUCGACACCAACGCGCCACCGUACCCCACCUGCAAAGACUCCCACCGACUCAUCGCCAUUACGGCGAACAUGCGGGCCAGCGGCGGCGAAGAAGCACCCGAGCUGCGUCCGGACAGCGAACACGAUCUCAUCUUCGUCAGACGUCCUGGAUAUGUGUCUGCGCUGAAGUCCCCCGGGCUGGAGGAGUUUUUGCGUGAAAAGGGGAUCAAGUCGCUUGUUCUUACGGGGUUGAGCACGUCUGGGUGUGUGAUGCGGACUGCUGUGGCAGCUACUGAUGCGGAGUUUGUCGUCACGGUGCUUUCUGAUGGCUGUGCGGACGGUGAUCAGGGCGUGCAUGAUCUCAUGAUGGGGAAGGUGUUGAACAAUCGCAGCUAUGUGUGUCCGGCGGCGGAGUUUCGGAAUGGAUUUUUGAAUGCUAUGACGCUGAAGUCAGGAUGA